CACACACACACACACACACACACACUCACACUGAUACACUCACACACGGCGGUCAGCUGGAGCCUGGUUGUUUUUGUGCCUCCAGGAUAAUUUUGUACCGGUCAUUUGUCUCAUCACGCGGAUCGGUGCAGAAGUGCCGCGGCUCGGUGCGACCCCACGGGCCGGAAACACAAACAGAGGAUGUAGUUUUACGAGCGUCGACAUUUGUAGACACAGCUGCCCCCGGGGGCCCGCAGCAGGAGGCGAGGAGCGGCGGGGGGGUGGACUGACGGCGCUGGGCUCGGUGCGAUGUCAGUGCGGGCAUGCCUCUGUGUGGGGACGGCGUGCUAGUCCCGGGAACACGCGGAUGCUCCUUCUACCUCUUUGACGCUGCUGCUCACGCGCUCGGAAGUCCACAGAGCACGAGGACAUUUAUGGAUGGUGGGGUCGCAGCAUGCACGCGCCCCCAGCCACCACCGCAGCCAGAGUGCCCACAGUGCCGCCCGCAGGAGAGCAGCAGCAGCAGCGCAGCAGCAGCAGCAGCAGUGCCCCAUGCCUCUCAGCCCCGGCCCCUCGUCCCUGGGCUUUCCGGUCCUUCUGGUCCCUGCCUUCGCUCUGGGGGGGUGUGUGGCUGUAGCGGUGCAGCUGCUGUGGGGAGGCCUCACUCUCACCUCCUUCUUCCUCAAACUCUUCUUCUACAUUUCCUUCGCGCUGCUCUGCUUUCUGGCCGGGAGUUUUGUGCUGUUGACCCGGAAGAGUCCUCUCAAAGUCAGCCGCUUCACCCGCCACACGAGGCAGUCCUGCGUGCGCUUCGACUUCUUCAGUAAACUCAUGGGCCGCUUCGUGGUGCCAGUCCCGGAGCCGAGCCAGAGCCGGAGGGUGGUGGUGUCUCACAACGUGGACAAGGCGCUCAAAGAAGUGUUUGACUUGGCGUACAGAGACUACAUCCUGUCGUGGUACGUGCCGCUGAGCCAGGACGAGGGGCAGCUCUACUCCAUGCUGUCGGACGACUGGUGGCAGAUGAUGGCGCAGCUCCGCAGCCGACUGGCCCAUAUCGACGUGGUCAACGUGGUCUGCUACGACUCCAUACGAAUCCUGCACACGCACUUCACCGACCUCAAGGCUGCAUCUGCGAGGUACAGGCUAGAGCCCGACCGAUAUAUCGUGUUUGACUUGGCGUACAGAGACUACAUCCUGUCGUGGUACGUGCCGCUGAGCCAGGACGAGGGGCAGCUCUACUCCAUGCUGUCGGACGACUGGUGGCAGAUGAUGGCGCAGCUCCGCAGCCGACUGGCCCAUAUCGACGUGGUCAACGUGGUCUGCUACGACUCCAUACGAAUCCUGCACACGCACUUCACCGACCUCAAGGCUGCAUCUGCGAGGCCGGAGGAGUGCGCUCGGCCCUUCCCGCUCCACCCCUGCCUGCUGAGCCCGGAGGCGGAGCUCUCCUUCCUCCGCUGCGUGGCCCGGAUCCUGCUCCUCUGCCUGCUGCCCCAGAAGGACGCCAAGUCUCACACGCUGCGCUGCUGCCUCACCGAAGUCAUCACCAACAAAGUGCUGAAGCCUCUCGUGGAGGUGCUGAGCGACCCGGACUCCAUAAACCGCAUGCUCCUGUCUCAGCUGGAGCAGAGGGAGCAGCAGGCCGAGCAGCAGAAGAAGGCCUACACCUACGCCGCCUCCUACGAGGACUUCAUCAAACUCAUCUCCACCUCGGCCGACGUCAACUUCCUCAAACAACUCAGGUAUCAGAUCGUGGUAGAAAUUAUUCAUGCCACCACCAUCAGCAGCCUGCCUCAGCUCAAGAAACAGAAAGACCGUAAAGGCAAAGAGCUGGCGGCGAUGAAGGCCGACCUGCUCCGAGCCCGAGACAUGAAGAGAUACAUCAACCAGCUGACGGUCGCCAAGAAACAGUGUGAGAAACGCAUCCGUCUGCUGGGAGGCCCCAACUACGAGAACAGCGAAGAGGGAGGAGCAGAGGAGAGCGAGGAGCCCCAGAGCCAGAAGAUCCUGCAGUUGGAGGACAUCCUGUGUAACGCGGGCUACAGGGAGCACUUCAGAGUUUAUAUGGAGCGCGUGGAUAAGAGAGCACUCAUCAGCUUCUGGGAGCUCGUAGAGACGCUCAAAACAGCAAACAAGAGUGAAGUGCCGCAGAUCGUGGGAGAGAUCUAUCAGAAGUUCUUUGUGGAGAGCAGAGAGAUCCCAGUGGAGAAAGUUCUUCUGAAGGAGAUCCAGCAGAGUCUGGUGGGAAACAGAGGGACACAGGUGUUCACCAGGAUCCAGGAACAGGUCAGGAGACACAACACAAACCUGAUAUUUAGGUCAAGACAGUUUUGAUAGAUUUUUUUUUUU